AGGAAGUUAGGAGAUGACACUACGACCGCCAGAUAAAAAAGAGUUUAAAGUAUGUCUAUUUGGGGAUUCGUCGGUCGGUAAAACCAGUAUAGUCAGGAGAUUUGUUCAGAAUACUUUCUCUGAGUUUCAGGCGGCUUCUAUUGGUGCUGCAUACACAGAGAAAUCAAUUAAAAUCGAAGAUGAAACUUACAAAAUACAGAUAUGGGACCUCGCCGGUCAGGAAACUUUCAAGAAUUUGGCUCCAAUGUACUAUCGAGGUGCUGCAGCUGCCAUCUUAGCAUUUGAUAUUACCUACAAGAAUUCCUUUAUUAGUGUGGACUCCUGGAUGAGUGAGCUAAAUAAGAACGCCCCUGAGGGAAUCGUACUGGUGUUGGUUGGCAACAAGGCAGAUAGUGCCAAUAUCAGACAGGUCUCUGUUGAAGAUAUACAAAGUUACACUACAAAGCACAACAUCAUUUACUUUGAAGCGUCAGCUAAAUCAGGAGAAAACGUCGAGGAAAUUUUUCAUUUCGUAUGUAAAAGUGUACCAGAUAAAAGGAGAAAGAAUCUCAUGACACUAUCAGGAGGAUCAAAACCUUUAAAUCGGAUUAACUUGAAUGAUUUAUGUGAGACCGAAAUACGAAAUAAAAAAAGGUGUUGUUAAUAAAAUAUAAAACCGGAAUUUAAGCUGGAAAAAGGGAAUUUUAGAACGCUUGUUCCUAAUAUGAGGAAUGAACGGAACGGGUGAAGAUAUUCAGUCUUCAGAAGUAUUUGAGAUGUAAACGUUUCAGUGUCAAUAAUUAUACUGUUUAACUAUAGCUACACGGCACGUAAUAACUCACUUGAUGCGUUCCAUUUAGCUAAGGCCAGUGCCGCUUUGACUGUUCCGUGUUUAUGUGGGUUUUCAUGUCAUAAUUAAUGUUUAUAAUUCAAGCUUAUAAUUAAUGCAUUAAAAAACUGAAUAUCUUGUUGUUAUGUAGUGUGUACAUGUUUCAAAUCAAAUCAGAAUAUUUUAUUU